UUCACGGCCAACGUGCAAAAUUCGCGGUCAUCGUUUCGGCUACGAGGAAAUGCGCUAGUGCUUUAUGUAAUAAUAUGUUAAGCUGACCAGAAAUAUUCCUUUAGCGUACAGAAACCGUGUGAUAUACAUAUAUAAAUAUAUUUAGGCCAUAAAAUGUUGCCCUAUCAAGUGGGUGUGGCGGUGCGCGGCACUCUGCAUAGCCAGGUGAAGCUGUUACUCCGAUCCCAGGUACCUGCCGUAGCGUUUCAGUUCCGCAACCUGUGCCCGAUGUCCGAGUACGAGAAGCGGGUCAGUUCAGGUCAACUGAUGGUCGAUACCAAGCAGAAGGAAACGAUGCAGGCACUGGAUAAACUCUACAAUCGAAUCAAAGGGUAUCAGCCAACUACACAACAAACAUCAGACGGCGGUUUCUUUGGCAAGCUCUUUGGAAAAAAGUCUAGUGAAGAUGACCCCGAGGAUGAUUUGAAUGCGGGCAGUCACGCCCCCCAAGGCAUGUAUAUCUACGGUAGUGUGGGUGUGGGAAAGACCACACUCAUGGAUCUGUUUUACGAUUGCUGUGAGAUUAAUCACAAGCGACGUGUGCACUUUACCGCCUUCAUGAACGACGUGCACGCCCAGAUCCACGAAGCCAAGGAGCGUCAGGGUCCCGUCGAUCGCGCGUUUAACUCCGAGAAGCCGGCACCCUUUGAUCCAACGAAACCCGUGGCUGACAGCAUAGCCCGUGAGUCGUGGCUCAUUUGCUUUGACGAAUUCCAAGUGACCGACAUCGCGGAUGCAAUGAUACUUAAGCGGCUUUUUACUCAUCUCUUCCGAAAGGGUAUUGUUGUUGUGGCUACCAGCAAUCGGCAUCCUGAGGAUCUCUACAAGAAUGGUUUGCAACGCGUCAAUUUUCUGCCAUUUAUUGGACUCUUGCAGAAUCGCUGCGAAUUGGCCAAAUUGGACUCUAUCGAUUAUCGGCGCAUUGCCCAAUCGGGAGAUACCAACUAUUUCGUGAUAGGUCAGACAGAUGCCGAGGGCAACAUGGAUCGCAUGUUUAAAAUACUGUGCGCCGAAGAGAAUGACAUCAUUAGACCCCGCACGAUCACACAUUUCGGUCGCGAUUUGACUUUUCGUCGCACAUGCGGACAGAUCUUGGACAGCAGUUUCAAAGAGCUAUGCGAUCGCCCAUUGGCAGGAAGCGACUAUCUGCAAAUCGCACAAUUCUUUCACACUGUGCUCAUACGCGACGUUCCCCAGCUGAAUCUGGAUGUCAAGUCACAAAUGCGGCGAUUCAUAACGCUUAUAGAUACCCUAUACGACAACAGAGUGCGUGUUGUCAUUUCAGCCCAUGAGCCGCUGGACAAUCUAUUCGAACUGGGCGAAGGAUCACGCAUAUCCGAUUCGGAUCGUAUCCUUAUGGACGACUUGAAAAUAACUCAUGGUUCGCAUGCAUCGAAAUCAAGUGUAUUUACCGGAGAAGAGGAACUGUUUGCCUUUGAGCGCACAAUGUCCAGAUUGUAUGAAAUGCAGAAUAGCGACUACUGGGAACAGUGGGCGAAACAUCGAUGAUACAAUAAUAGAUCAGUACCUUAAAAACACUUAAAAGCAAUAAUGUAAUUAGCGCAAUUAAAUUUUCAUUUUAACCGUCACAAAUGUACAAUGCCUGUGUUAUUAAUUAAAUAAUACAGGAAAUUAAAUUUGAUUUAGCUGUUGUCUGCUUUCCCUCCGAUUGCACAGUCACGUCAAUAGUAGACAAAUUAUUAUCAGACAAAUAUUUUUGCUGGCUGUGAUGAUGUGAUAUAUGUAUGUGUGUACAUGGAGGGUGUGUCUUAAUCAAAUAAACUUAUUAUAAAUAUACAGCUUAGGACAUAGAAUUGGCACAACCUAAAUAUAUGGA